AUGCGAAAAAAAGACUUUGCCAACACGGAAAGUCAGAAGAACUUGAAUAUCGGAUGUUCUAUGAGACUAAUAUCGUCUACCCCUGGGAAAUUAAGACUAAAGCCGCAAGUCUUUAGAUUCCAUACCCCUGCAAUUAAGCAUACCACAAGAAUCCAACCCGACUGGAAUAAGCUACAAUGGUUGGUUCUAGGUGACUCGUCGUUGCAUUCGAGAAUGAUAAUCCGGGGUACGCCGAAGUCUAUUAUCUUGUGA